CUUGGAGAGAAAGAGGAGGGGAUUGUCCCAAAACUGUGACGGGUAGCACCGACUGGGUGAGCGUGUCUGCAGGGGCGUUGCUACAAGCAGCAGGUGAGGAGAACAGAUGGUCCCCCUACAGGGCUCUCUGUUCGCUAAAGCCUGUAGAAUAUGCAAUCUGCUCGGUACGGUUGAGAAUUCAAAGGAAUACUCGCACCCUCGGCGCUCGGUUGGUGACCACGGUAGCGGACAGAGAUGUUUGCUAGCGACCGCCCGACGGUUCAAAGGAAGAGGGCUUCUUGGUGGACAUGCAUGCAGGCGCACUGCACAAGCGCGUUCAUGACUAGCUAUAGCUCGAACAAAGUGCGUGUCGAAGGAGAAGGUUGAGCAUCUAGAAGGGAGGCGAAUGCGCCGGGGCCGUUUAGAGCCAGCCAGCUCACGGGUCGAGGAGCUGUUUACUCCUUCGUGUGACGA